AAUCCGAAGAAUCAAAACAAGCAGGGCCUGAAUUUUUGUUUUAGUGAAUUUAGUUUCUUUUCAUAUUAAUCGUGCAAAUUAAAGUUUGAUAUGUUAUAAUAACGUUUUGAAAUAAAUAAAAUAUGUUUGGAAUACAUUUAAGGCAGUUAUACCGUACUUGCGAUAAGGUUAUAAUUCGUAACCUCAGGAGUCGCAGAUAUGAUCCUACGAAACCAAAUCCUGGACUAAACAAUCGAUUGAGAGCCUUUCAAGAAGAUGGUAUGCAAAUAAAAGAAGAGAAUCUCGAAGAAUUCGUCGAACAAUCUGAGAGCGAUUUUUAUAACGUCGGACAAGCAUAUAAUGAAUUUAAAAAGGAGACAUUAGUGGGUAAAAUUGAACUGCGACAUCACAUUGUCAAGGACAAGUAUUUCAAAGAACACAUGCCCAACUUACUUACCUGGAGUGAAAAGGAACAAAUCCGUCACUUAGCUAGCAGUGAACCUGAUGAAUGGACUCCAGAGAAGAUAGCCGAGAGCUUUCCUGUCUCCGUACCGUUUGUCAAGAAACUACUCAAAUACCCAUGGAAACCAGCAACAGAAGAGCGCAUCGCGCGACAUGACGCUUCAGUUAUGAGGAAUUGGAAGGAACUAAAAGAAGGCUCUUUGGAUAUACCACCAGAGCUCAGGGAACAUUUUCUGAAAUUCUCUGAAAGAACCAUACCUCCAUUGAAGAAGGAAUCCAUUAAAAUUGACAUCACACCUGAAAGAGAUCUUGGGGAGUUUGAGAGGAUAGUUAGAAAAUGUGCUGCAAAAGAAAACAAAGACACCAACUCCAAGCCCUCUAGCAGUAAUGGACCUCUCGCAAUACAGAGUUCGGAUACUAAAACAAAUUCAAAGGAAAAACAACCAAAAAUUGAUGAUAAAUUUAUAACCUUAGAUGAACUUACAGCAAAAAUUAAGAAAAGCUUAGACACAGGUGAUAAUGUCGAUAUUAAGGAUAGUAUUAUAUUAAGCUCAACAGAAUCAACACCAAGCCCUUUGGAUAAAGUCCCCGAAAAGGAGGUAUAUCAAGAAUUAGAAUUGUUUCAUGAUAAAUACCCUGACAGUGGUAUAGUAGAAUUUAGAAGUGAAGUUGAAGAUCCAAAAGAGAUUAUGAAUUACCCUGAAAGAAUAAGGAUCCCUAAGAAAGCUUAUAAGAAAGGAGCAACAUAUAAAGUAAAUGAUUGCUAUUAUGAUCAUGAUGGUAGAUUCUUGUAUAGAGUAUUAGGCAUGUCCCAAUAAUGUAUUAUAUAUAAAUAGGUUGAAUAAAUAAAACAGUUGAUAUUGAAGCCUUAUAUAUUUUUUUAUAAAAAUUAUAUGCAUUUUAUUACACUUGUCAAAAUAAAAUAAUCUUUAUUCAAUAACAAAACUUUGCUAGAUAACUGCACGUCUUUUACGACUGUAGCUUUGAAUAUACAAUUCAAAUUUACCAUUUUUCUUAGAUGAAUAUUUUACAACAUGAAAUAACCCUUACAUGGCUUCAUUGUACAAUUUUACGGAACUAACAAUAUGGCUUGUACAUGUUCGAUUACUAGUGUACAUUACAAUUCAAAGAUGUUAAACAUGAAAAUACAUUUUUAUUAUAAAUUUGGAUACAGAAAAAGAAUAAGCCAAGGUUAAAAUACGCAUUUAAUUAUGAUUGUAGAUUCAAAUAAAUAAGAGCUAGAAUUUGAUCGAAAAAUUUAGUUUCAUUGACUUUUUGUUGUCUAGGACUAAAUGUUAGUUUCAAAUAAAUAGUGUUACAUAAGAUUUUCAAUGAAAAUAAUACGGAAUAUUUUGUUAAGCUGAGUAUUUUUGAGUUGCAGUGUAGAUGAACUGCCUGGAAAAAUCAACCAUUUUUAUUGAUGUAC